UAGGCUAACCAACAUUCAAUCGGUUUGUAUUUCUCUGGGAGGGACGAGGAGUGUGUGUGAAUGGGGGAUCUUUCCCACAAACCUCAGUCAGACGGUUUAUUAGUCUCUUUGUCAAAUUUACAUGGUCCAAAGAAAAAGUACAAUGCGACUGAGAAGAAAUAAAGAGCUAUACCAUAUCAUGUCUUCUAAUGCCCCGUAAUUCACGUAAGAAGAGACUGCUGAACCCAAACAAAUCUCAGUUGUUGUUUGUCGAGGUGCCCAUCAAUGGACCAAAGCAUGAAUAUGGACCACAACUACGGAGUGCCAUUCAUCCCAAGUCAUUUAUGUCAGAGAAACAACAGCGAAGUGGUACCUCUUGGGUGUCUUCGCAGUUUAAUUCACUCGAAACCACAACGGUUAGUCGUGGAGGUCGAGGGAGGAGAAAUAACCAGAUGGCUACGAGGAUCUCAAACAAGGCACCAAUUUUGGGUUUCCCUCAGACCAGAAGAGCAAAAGGCAGCAAAUAUACGACUCUGUCUUUUCAGGCAACCACAGCAGGUUCGCAACACCAGAGUGAAAACUUUAGUUAUUCACGGACAAAGAAUGAUCGGCUCGUUUCUUCGGACAGUCAUAGCAAGGAGCUUCGAGAGACUUCAAGAAGAACUCGCCUUCCUCGAAAAGGAGUAGAGAAGAGGACGGCUACAUGUGUUAUAUCCACCUCCAGGCAUUCAGAAGUUUCAAAGAAUGUGCAAAUCCACAAAAAUGGAACGACUAAGGAUCCAGUUCACAUACUGAACACAAGCUCUGUUACCGAACACCUUAAUGUAGAGAUGCCUGAAAUGCCACAUUGCUCCUGCCCAUCUCCAUCCAAUGUUCAGCAUCUCCUCUUCCCCCCAAACCAAGCAAAAACUCCUCCGCGAACUGAGAACUCGAGCAUCCUGGUGAUGGACACACCUGAGAAGGACUAUGGGCUGAAGGUAACGUGGAGACGGAGGAAAGGACUGAUGAAAUUGUUGAUUGACAGAGGUCAGCUUCUUCCAGCAGAUGCCGGAGUUGCCAAUGAUUGUACUUAAAAACCAUAAAUUAACAGAUACAGCAAUAAUUUGGUUUGUUUUGUAGUUUACUGCACAAUAUCGAUUUUGCUAAGAUUUGGAAAAUUGCACAAUUGAAAUAAUUAUAUAUGAAUAUUUCAAGAGAGAAGAAUUAAAGAUUUUCUGAUGUCCCCAGCCUUAUUUAAUGGAAGCAGCUUUGUACUCUGUUGGACAUCAAUUAAUUAUGUACUUAAAUGUUAAAUACACACCUCAAAUAAUGCCUUUAUUCACAA